GGGGACGGCCCGGGUCCCCGCCGCCUACCUGCCAUGGAUGAGGCUGACCGAAAGCUCUUGCGGCGGUGCCGGGUGCAGCUCGUCGGCGAGCUGCAGGUGGCCGAUCUCUGGGACGCUCUGUUGAACCGCGAGCUCUUCACGCCGGACAUGAUCGAGGAUAUCCAGAGGGCAGGCUCCGGGUCUCGGCGCGAUCAGGCCAGGCAGCUGAUCAUAGAUCUGGAGACCCGAGGAAGUCAGGCCCUUCCUUUGUUCAUCUCCUGCUUAGAGGACACAGGCCAGAAUAGCCUGGCUUCAUUGCUGAGAACAAGUAGCCAAGCAGCAAAGCGGGGUCCGGAGGCCAUCAAACCCCGGGACCUCAUGCCUGUGGUGGUUGGACCAGUGGGCCUCAAAGCAGAGGAGCUGAGAGUGGUGAAGCAGGAUCCACCAAAGCUGACCCCAAGCAAACUCACACCAGUCGUGCUGGGGCCAGAAGAGCUCUGUCCUGCCAAGCUCAGACCAGAGGUUCUCAGACCAGACAUGCCCAGGCCAGUGGAUGUUCCUUCUGGGGGAUUCGGUGACGUCCGUGCUCAGGAGAGAUUCAGGGGAAGCGCUGAUCUGGCGUACGUCCUGAAUGCAGACCCCUGUGGCCACUGCCUCAUUAUCAACAACGUGAACUUCUCCCCGACGUCGGAGCUCAGCACCCGCUCCGGCUCCAAUGUCGACUGUGAGAAGUUGCAGAGGCGCUUCCACCUGCUGCACUUCACGGUGGAGGCGAAGUGCGACCUGACUGCCAAGCAAAUGAUCCAGGCUCUGGUGGCGCUGUCGCGGCGGGACCACGGUGCCCUGGACUGCUGCGUGGUGGUCAUCCUCUCUCAUGGCUGUCAGGCCAGCCACCUCCAGUUCCCGGGGGCCGUUUAUGGCACAGAUGGCUGUCCUGUGUCCAUCGAGAAAAUCGUGAACAUCUUCAAUGGCAACGGCUGCCCCAGCUUGAGAGGGAAGCCCAAGCUCUUUUUCAUCCAGGCCUGUGGCGGAGAUCAGAAGGACCGUGGGUUUGAGGUGGUCUCUGCUUCCCCUGAGGACAGGGAUACCGGCAGUAACCCGGAGCCAGACGCUGCCCCGUUCCUGGACAACCCAGGCAACUAUGACCAGCCGGAUGCCGUGUCGAGUUUGCCCACGCCAAGUGACAUCUUUGUGUCUUACUCCACCUUCCCAGGUUUUGUCUCCUGGAGGGAUCGCAAUAGGGGCUCUUGGUAUGUCGAGACCCUGGAUGGCGUUUUUGAGCAGUGGGCUCACUCUGAAGACCUGCAGAGCCUCCUGCUCAGGGUCGCUCAUGCUGUUUCAGAGAAAGGGAUUUACAAACAGAUCCCUGGCUGUUUUAAUUUCCUCCGGAAAAAACUCUUCUUUAGAACUUAAAGAAGCCAUGGCCCUUGACCCUGCUUUACCUUUGACCCCCAAACCUCCCUGCCCCAUGUCGACUGAGACCUGGGCUCCCCUUCAGCUGCGGCUGCCACGGGUUGUGGCUGUCCCUGGUUGUAGCCCUUUGAGGGUCGGCUCCUCUCCACUGGCGGCAGAGCUCUCAGCAGCAUCCAAACUGGGGACAAAUGACUGAUGACGGAGGAAGAGGAGUGGAGGGAUACCGUGGACAAUGUGCGGCUUUCACCGGUGGCUGGUUGCCUGGCUAGUGACCGCGUCUGUGAUCCUUGUGUUUUCUCCGCAGCAGGGCUUCUCCGCCUCAGCAUCACUGACAUUGGGGGCCCCAUAGUCUUUUGCCGGCAGUGGGUGUGUCCCGUGCAGGUGGGAUGUUGAGCAGCAUCCCUGGCCUCUACGCACGGGAUGCCAUUAGCCCCCCUCCCUGAAUGGUGAUGACCACAAAUGGCUUCAGACACUGCUAAAUGUCCCCUGGGGGCCCCCACCUGAUAACCACUGGACUGUGGGAAGUUUUUAGCUAAGAAUCAACCAACGUCUCUCUCACAUCAGCAAGUCUAGGACUCCUGGAGCCUGAACAGCUGCCAUCUGUGAAUCUUAAGUAAUGUCUUAAAAAUUCCU